GCUUGAAAUGCGGUGAGAAAAAAGCUCAGAAGAUUGACACAAUGUACAAACUCCGAGCUGCCAAAACUUUCGUGCUAAAAUUCCUUAGAUCUCCAUCAUCUGGAAAACGGGUCAUUAAUUAUGAAAGCCUUUGAAGGUUAAAAAAUGCCAAGCACGUACUAGGCUGCAAAUCGAGUCUGAGCACGGACAAGUUUGCCAAACAAUGCGUCCAGCUUAUCAAUAAUUAAAUGCGAUCUAUGGAUCAAGCCUACACGGUCACUCCUGAGCAAAAAAAUGCCUGAUAAUUUCUUUCUGUUUAUAGUACUCUGUGUGCUGUUUCAGACUCUAAUCGUAUUUGCGGGGAUUCGUUCACUCGAUAUCGCACAUGGUUUCCGUGGCGCGUCUUUUGUACCCUAUCCAAGCCUUCGUCUCUUGCUGCCCUCUAACCACACAGAGAGAAACAAGACAGAGUUCCACGCAAGCGACAGCCAAGACGGUUGCCUGUACGCAUGUGUGAGAAGAAUUUGGUGCUUCUCCACGAACGUGAACCUCACUGCUUUAAGACACGGAGAGAAGAGACAAUCGUGUGAGCUGUUGCCUACCAACACAUUCUCUACACCUAGCCUAGAGAACGAUUCUUCUUUCAUGCAUUUCUCCAUUAAGGGCAAGCUGGGACAGUGUGCCGAAGGACUGACAGGAAUCGAUUGCAAAAUAAGCAAGUCGUUCAACGUCACAGUGAUAUCAAUGGGUGGGGAUGAUCCCAAGACUCAUGGUAAAGGUCCGAACGCAAACAUCUUCGUGGACGGAAUCGAUUUGUCGCCAAACAAAAGGGGGCAUAAUAUUGUCGCCAUGGCAAUAGACGGAAGCGGGAUCUACAGUAAAGCGGCUUUUGACACAUGGGGGAAUAAAACCGCGGGCUCAAGCAUGUCUAAGCACAUCCAAAACAUUCCUGAUAACUCUGUUGUCAUAAUCGCAACCAAAGAUUCAGCAGAUGUAUUCGUCAAUGAUGCGUAUUCCGAAUUGCAGAGUCUAGGAGUAGUGGCCCCUCUUCAACCCGGGCACAGGGAGUCGUGGUUACUGAUAGGGUACAAGGGCGGGACUCGCACGUGGAUCACCCAGCGUUACGAGAAACGGUUUCGGGGUCCGUCAAAGGGGGGCGUGCUUGUGCCCAAAGAGGGCUGCUUUCCCCAUGGUGAUAGAUCGACUCUCUACUGUUACCCAUGAUUAGUUGAUUGGCGGCACAAACACAAAGAAGAUGAAUUGUUUGCAAUAGACAGACAGACAACUCGCACUAAUAAAUCACGGUUCUAUUUCUGAGUGGCAACUCAAACCAAAACAUGUGCCUGUCACGUCAGAAAUGACGGAAAAACCCUUUUAACGAAAACAAGCACUUUUUGACAAAUAAAUUUUCAGGCUGAUCCGUGAGCCCUGAAUAAGUUGCUAUUUGUUAUUUUUCCGCCGCUAAGAGCCGAAGCGCAAGUGAGUUCAGGCACAUGCACAGUUAAUAUAGUGUAAGUAAUUUUGACAAUAAUAUUGUACUAAUAGUAAUUUACCACUAUAAGCAAUUAUCAUAAUCAACCAUUAAAGAUUGUAAUGUAAAGUUCAUAUGUAGCCUGAUGGGGGUCUAUAGAGGUAUUAUGAUUUUCCUACCUAUCGGGUAGAGAAGCCCUAAGUUACUAAGAACAAUAAAUGUUUGUUCAAGUAAACGCAAAUUAACAGUU